AUCGGCGGGGGUGGGUCCACGCACGCAGCCAGCGGUGGUGGUGCCCAUGGCGUCGUGGCUGCUGCUCCCCCUCCCCUCCUUCCCCUGGCUUCCUCCCCCGCCGCCGCCCGGCUCCUCCUCUGGCGGCCGCGGCGGCGGGGGCGGCGGCGGAGACGGCGGCGACUGGAGGCCGAACGUCGUCGCGGCCUUCGCCAGCGCGCAGGUCGGCAGCGCCCUCCGCCGCCGCUUCGCCGGCCUCCUCUGCUCACCGGAGGUGCGACAGCUUGAAGCCUUGCCGAAAAUGGAUGACGUUUGCUUUGGAGGAUCACACUCAUUUGCCACACACUCAAUCCUUGGCUUGUUGGGGAAUCUGUUCCCUGCGUCAUAUGUUUGCAGCUUCGCUCUGUUUAAUGGGAACGGGUCAGGUGGGAGUGGGACAUACAUCAGCAAAGGGAAGGUGCUGUCCAGACGACCUGGCAGAAUUGAUUCGAAGAAGAGGUUUUGGACUAAUGUUCUUCUUGCUAUUAAUGUCCUGGCUUAUAUCGCUCAGGUAGCAUCACAAGGAAAGCUUCUUAUGUGGGGAGCAAAGAUCAACAGUCUGAUUGAUAGAGGACAAUUUUGGCGUUUGGCAACAUCAUCUCUCCUUCACGCAAAUGUCACUCACCUCGCUUUCAAUUGUUUCUCUUUGAACUCAAUUGGGCCGAUGGUUGAAAUGCUAACCGGCCCUAGAAGAUUUAUUGCUGUUUAUUUCAGUUCAGCGCUGGCAGGUUCACUGAUGAGUUACCGCUGUUGUGAGUCACCUGCUGUUGGUGCGUCAGGUGCCAUUUUUGGAUUGGUUGGCGCCUAUGCAGUUUAUAUGUGGAGGCAUAAAAGUUAUUUUGGGAAUGCAAGGGAAAGUUUGGAGCAUAUCGGGCGUGUGGUUAUCUUGAAUAUGGGUAUGGGUCUCCUUUCAAGGGGAAUUGAUAACUGGGGUCAUCUGGGGGGCUUGCUUGGAGGAGUUGCUGUGGCAUGGUUCCUUGGUCCAGCAUGGCAAUAUCAACAUGUGGCAAAGGAUGGUAGAGCAGUUUUCAAAGACAGGGCUCCAGUCCUCCGCCUAAUAAAGGGCUAGCUUCUUUUACUUUUGUACUUACAAAUGUAGUCGUGGAGAGACAUAUGGAAGAGAAAAGGUAGAAGAGAAAACCAAGCAGAGGGACUGAUGAAGUGGUGGAAAACAGUUGAGUUUUAACUAGUUUGGAUGUUGAAACAUUUCGUUGCAGAGCUAAUUCCUUAGGAAACAUACACAAGGAGCUUAUUGCCUUGUUUGGAUCAUUAAAUUGUUAAUAUUCAGGGCUGUAAAAAUGUAUGGUUAGUCAAUUGUAUUAACAUUUUAUCAGGUGUUACCACCAGCGCCUUACGAACACACAUUGUGUACAUGAAUUUAUGUUUGAUAUUUGUGCUCUGUAAGUUCCGGCCUAUAGGGUUUGUUGGCACUAGGUUUCUUCUGUUACUGUACUAUAAAAGAUACGGACAAAUCUGUAAAAACGCUCAGUGAUCCAUUAAGAUAUUCCAUCUUUUUGAAA